CAAGCCGUGUCCAUUUCGGAAAAUCAAACUUUUCAAAGACGCAUGUCAAGCAAGUGAAUGACGAGCAACAAGAAAGCUUGGCAAAUCCUCUGGAAUAGUUCCACCAAAAGGCACAUGACUGUAGCAACGAUAUUUUUGGAGAGACCAUUAUUCACUUUCAAGGCUUCAGCUUGGAGUUGGAGGUCGUGACUGGACUCCAUCCUUGCAGACUAAUCGGUGGAUGUGCUUGGCCACAAAGCUCAAAAGUUACAAACGCUUCUCUUUCCCUACAGCCGAAAAUAAUUAAUUUUGUGUUUUGAGGAGAGCCCAGAGUGCAAUAAAAAUAUUAAUAGUCUUUCUCGUCGGCUUUGCGUGGGUUAUAGCCCAGGUGAAUCUGGUAAUGACUUUGUAGAGCUAAGCGCGAACGGGCGAGUACCACUCUGUUUCUUGUGGAUGGAAAGUCAAAUCGGCAAUACCGCGGCGUGGUGAGCGUCUUCAAGGACGGUCGGUCGGUCGUGGUGAAGAUGGUUGCGCUAGGGUGCACGCUAGGUAGCACCAGAUCAGGCUGGAAGAUGCUGGAUGUUGCACCAUCGAUCAGGUGCUGGAUGGCGUGUAUGACCAUGCUUUGCCUGCACUAUUGCGAUACGGCUGCAGCCACCAGUGAUGGAUUAGUGUCUUCGGACAUGGCGGUUAGGCAGGAUCUGCCACAUAGCAGCAACACAACAACAGAAGGACCGUCCGUACCAGUGUUUCGCUGGAAGGUAGGCGAUGCCAACGGUACUUGCAUCCAGUUUCGGACAAGCGACAUUGAAUUUCAAUUCCCCGGUUCCAGUGGUCCAGCUGCAAUAGAGCAAGUGACGUCGGCUAAGAAGCUGACAGAACUGUACGGCUAUCCCAAAGUGUCGGGGGAGUGCAGUUCAUCCGUGGCAAUGCUUAUUGUAUUCUGGGGCGCUGUGGAUCUUCCUCAAAAUGGCUGGUUCAACUUCACGGUGGUGUUUCAUCAUCGGAUUGAGGAGGGCGCUUGGUUGGCGACGCGGUUCUUUCACCAGGAAAACAUCGGCAAUCCCCAGUAUGCUUACGGUGGCCAGGACUACUUCAAAGCACCGCUGGACCAGGCCUUCCACUGCAAUCAGAGAACUACUCAUAGCCUUGAUGGCUCGGCAACAACAUCGUUUGACGACUUGACUGUUCAAGCAUUUUUCUUCGCGUCUGAUGACUUUUCAAAAGAAGUUGUGUACUGUCCUGCCAACAGUGAUCCAAGAAGUUCAAGAGACGUGGUGAUGAUUGUUGCAAUCAGUGCUGGAAGUCUGCUACUGCUGGCCAUUGUGGCCUGCGUCAUCGUCCGCACCAUCAACAGCAACAUGAAAACGACGCUUGAGUAUGAGAGUCUCUAGCGAGGCUCGCAGUCCGAAGGCACGGUGUCACUUGAUGUGCAGCUAUAUAGGAAACUCUAGGUAGAUUGUGCUGUCCAGUUGUAUGUUUACUGUUCCGAAAAUUAUUGACGUUUUUUCCGAUAUGACGACAGGGGCUUGCUUCCUGGCCCUGUGUUCACUGGCUUUUAAGCCUGAAAUGGAGACAAACAGCAGUGCUUAACAUAGUUAUAAUGCUGAGAAGUUUGCCUCUAUUUGAUAACAAACUGGGCGUCGGUAACUGGGUGAUGCACGGGAUGAAGAGCACGAAGAGCGCAAGCAAAGAAAGCAAUGGUGACGAAUCCGUUCCAGUAAAUAGGAAAAUCAAAUCAUUGAAAUGGGAAAAUCCAAUUAGAGCUGAUUAUAAAUGCUGUAACGAUGUUUACCGAAUUAUUGCUCACUACAAGCCCUGCCUGAAUUAUAGCUUACAAGACUGGCUCAGCUAUUGCCUGUUCGUGUACAUGCACGUGAACUAAGUUAUUUAAAAAAUCUCCGCAUGCCUUCAGCCAUCGAAUAAGACAUUGCAGCCAUGCCCUACCACGUAACUUUCUCAGCAACUGAACAUACAUGUAGCUUCCAUGCGCCAUGUUCAUGGACUGCGUUUCGAAGAUUCGAUAGCGUUGCUACAAAUGCUGCACCAUGAUAUACUUAUUUACCUACAUGUUGUUCGUCAGAACAGUUACUAAUUAUUAGCUUUUAAAGUUCUUAACGUUGAUGCUUGAGUAAGCGCUGUUUCCUAAUGCAUAUAAACAUGAUGUUGAAUGUUCGCUUAUAGUUUACAGUUAGCACACCAUCAAGUUGUCUUUAGAAUGUGUGCUGCAAGUGCUGCAAGCUUCGCUCUUGCUGGUCAGUCCUUGGCCGUGUCGUCAGAGACACCCAUACCCCGGCAACAGUUGUGUUACUCUGACAUUGAGGCUUCUAAGCGUUGUUGAUCACACGA